CUGAUUAUACCACUCUCGGUAUCUUUCUCAAUCCCUUGUCCCCAUCUCGGAGUCUCCCCUCCAUAAAAUCUUCUCCCCCCUCGUAUAAAGAAGUUGAGAUCGCCCGCCCUUCCAUGCCUCAACUUGGCUGUGCAAAAACCAUGGACCACUGGUGGCGGUCAACCUUUGCCCCUUGACGGGAUGACGUCGCGGGGGGCCAUUGCGCGUACGUGGGCACCACUAAUAUCUCUGGCCAAAUAUGCCACGCAGCUGCGACGCUAAUCCGCCAUGGUUCGCAUGUCACAGCCUUCUUUCGAAACCCAACGUUCGACGGUUUCCAAGUUUCUUCGGUUGGAUUGCCAAAAACUGUCACCCCGGAUCGGCAACAUUGUCUCGCACGUCCCGAACACGGUGGAUAAGAGAAUGGCCAUGAGACACUUGAAACAGACAUGUACCGGUGGGCAGGCAAACGAACACGAAGAACCAUGGCCCACUGCGUACCAAUCUAGAUACGUACGUGGACAGCUGGGGAAUGGAUAUAUGAUUUGCCCGCCAGAUGACAAGUGCCUCGGGGAUUUAUCCACUGAUAAGGACUCAAAGUCAGACUUCAACCCACAUUCGGAUCUAAUUUCUUUUAUUUUUUUAUCCAUUCGGCUUCAUCUCGCCGCCCCGCCCAUUCUGUGUCUUGACUCUUUUCGGCUUUCCUGCCUCUUCGAAUUCGUAGUUCUUGUGUCGCUUAUUCUCCAUCAGGGUAUCUUUGGGAUAUACUAAGCUUACUCAGUACAUUUCCGCUUUCGGAAAACCCCAAAACAGCCUUAACAGUCAAUGUGGCGCCCAGCAAGGCUUAGCCAGGCUGACCUUAUAAGGAAAGAUAAUGGCCCCCAGGAUUAGUAGUGGAUAUUAUCAG